GACGAAGAGUCGCUCGGUUCCCUCUCGGUGUUCAAAACAGAAGCUAAGAAUUUCCUUCAUUUUCUUUGAAUUGAUGAAGGAGCUUGUCUUCCCAGGGGCAGAAUGGAAGGGAAUACUUCACCCUUGUCAUGGCAGGACAAAUAUAAACUGGCAAAACUGAAAGUGAAAGCAUGGGAAGGUGAAUAUGUUGCUACUAAUAGAUCCCGACCUGACAAAGCUGCCUUGGCAGCAGCACCUGAUGACAUAAAAGCAGCAUACAAGACCUAUUUUCAUUAUCGCAAACGCAUUGAAAACUCAGGUGCAAGUGCAGAACAGACAGAGGAAAAGGAGUCUAAAGACAAACAUGAAAAUAGUGAAGACAAAAGUGAGGGAACAGAACAAAAUAGCAGUCAGGGAAUCAAUCAACAUUCUAAAGAAGUAAAUCAUCAAUUUGAGGACUCAGAAAGCAAAAGAAUUACCUCAGAUCCUGAGAGCAACAACCUAUUAUCAGGAGAAACAAGUACCCCUUCAAAUGCAGGGAAAUUUUCUCAAAUGUCGGGGCCAAAAUUAAGUAGUGGGAUAUGGGGAAAACACUUGAAUAAGGAUGCCUACCUUGCUAGAGCCACGAGUAAGAAUGAAGAUAGCCCUGGGUCUCUCUAUAGCAAAAUGGCAGAAAAGAUGCGUGCUAGUGGCACUAUCAAAAUGAGAACCUCCUUAAAGAAAUUUUCAAAUAUAGAUCGUUCUACAAAAAGGGAAUCAAUAGGUGCAAGCCAAAGUGUAGUGAAGCCUUCCAUAGAUUUGGAUGCAAAGAACAGAUUUUCUGAUGGCAGUGAUAAAGAAAAUGCAAGUAACACAACAGAAAUUAUAAAUUCUCCUGUCAAACCCUUUGAGGAAACAUUGGAAAAAUCUUCCGAGACCAAGAAAGUGUCAGUGUUUGACUCCUUGAAUGAUUUCCAGGAGAAAGCAUCUAAUGAUCUAGACACUGAACCAAACUUAUUUGGUAGUUCUAAAUUACCAUUCCGAUUUCAGAAAAAGACAGUGACACAAAAAAUGCAGACACAAGCAGUUAGUGCACUUUCCCUCACUCCUGAAAGACUAGAGGAAACUCAUACUGCAAAGAAAAAAGGUGCACUUAAUCGUGGUUGGUUGCAACGCUGUGCUGGAGCAGAAUUAACUGUUGGGGCUGAAGCAAGGGCAUCUGAUGACUGGAAAUUAAAGAUAAUUGAUAAAGAAUGGAAUGAAAAUAGCAACAAUGAAGAUGUUUAUUCCAGUGAAUUUAAAGGUACGGAAUUUCAAGAGAAUGUGGAGAAAUAUCAGACUCCAGUUAAGGAGCUGCAUCUUGGUAGAGCUUCAGAAAAAAAUGAGGAAUUGAACACAGUGCAGAAGAGGCAGACUAAAGCUCUUCAUACUAAAGAGGACUCUCUUAGUAGUAACUCCAUUGAUUGUGACAGAGAAGAUGGAGCUGGCAAAGAUGUAUAUGAUUUUUAUGAAGUUGCAUCAAACCAAAGUGGUUCAAUGGAUUUAGCAUUAACAAUGCAAGAAGUGGAGACUAAAAAGUACAGUAAAAAAGUAACUUCUCAAGCUAAUUCAGGUCUUGAAGAGCAAACCAUGUAUUCAGAAGAUGGAAUACCUGAGGAGAGUGUAUCAUCAGUGCUGGACAAUGGAGAAAAAGAAAGCAUUAUUGAAGAUACUGAGAAGCCAGCUCCACGAAAACGUGGGCGACCUAGGGCCAAGAAAGUUAACACUGAAGAAACAGAGAGUGAUUCCCCAGCUCCGCGGAAACGAGGAAGACCAAAGGUCAAGACAGAUGAUACCGAAGAGACACCAGUGCCUAAAAAUAGCAAGAGGAAAAGGAAGCAGACCUUGGAAGAACUGGAAGAAAGUGGAAAAAUACAGUCUUCUUGGCCACCUCCGAAGAAGGUAAGGAAUUCAAAGAUCAAAGCUAGGAAAAAUAUUGAAGAACUAAAUGUUAUGGAAAAACCAUCAGGUGAUGAAACUGCUCCUGAAAGAAUACCAGGUGAAGAUGAUGGUAUCAAGGAGUAUAAUGAACUCGAUGAUAUUGAGAAACAUGGACCAAAAUCAACAGGUGCAAAAGCAUACCUUAGCAAAGAGGAGAGAUUUAGAAAGAAGGUAACUACAGGAGCAGCCAACAAUAAUUUUGUGCGGAUUAACCUAAAGAAGAAGACCUUUGUACGAGGCCAUAAGCAUAUCAAUGGCAGCAAAUAUAGGAGGAUGGAGUGGAAAAGAAAGCAGUCCAUGAAAGGUGGAGAAAGCAUGGCCACAGGAAAAUCUCUGACAUGCUUCAAAUGUGGUGAUUUUGGUCAUUGGGCCAAAUUUUGCACUGGAAAGAAAGGAGACAAACUGUUAGCCUUAGAGGAAUAUGACGAGAAUGAGUCCACUUUUCUUAGUUUGGAGGAUGCAGCGGCAAUGGCUCUUGGUAUUAAGCCAGCAGAUCAGAGUCUCUCUACUAGCAAAAUGUAUGGGAAAGUUGAUGAGAGUUGUAACGAGAGCAUUUUAGAUGUGGCUAGCACAGAGGCAGAAAAUAGUGAAGAACAAGUAUUUGAUCCUCCAGCAACCAAGCCUGAGAUUUGUGAGGAUUCCCAAGGGGGAACUACAAUAGAAGAUGAUUUCCAGAUGGAGGAUGAUGAUCUUUUUGCUGACAUUGAUGAAGAUAGAUUAGAGGAAGAUGAUAAUCAACCUGCUGCGUCACUUUUAUCACAACCUACAGAUGAGGGAUGUGAGGUCAGUAACGUCAGCAAGACAGACGAAAUCUCACCACAUCCUGUAUCUUAUGAACAGAACUGGUAUGAAAGCCGAUCCUCCAUAGAACCACUCUAUGACUUAGUUAAUGGUGAAGUAGGUCCAACCCCUGCUGAAGUGCACGAGACACUAAAGAUGUUUGGAUACCCGUCUUUCAGAGCAGGGCAAGAGAAUGCAAUCAUGAGAAUACUUUCUGGGCAGUCAACGCUGUUGGUACUCUCUACUGGAUCAGGCAAAAGUUUGUGUUACCAAUUGCCAGCUUACCUUUAUGCCAAACAUAACAAGUGCAUAACCUUAUGUGUGUCUCCGCUUGUCUCUCUCAUGGAAGAUCAGGUGACGGGUCUUCCAAAAUUUCUUCAUGCAGUAUGUCUGCACACCCACCAAAAUCCCACCCAGCGUUCAAAUGCUGUAAACGCGAUUCGAUCAGGCAAAGCCCACAUUUUGCUCAUUUCACCAGAAGCAGUGGUUGCAAGUCGCACUGGAGGAGUAUUGGGAACACUACUUCGUGAACUACCGCCUGUUGCCUUUGCUUGCCUUGAUGAAGCUCACUGUGUUUCAGAAUGGUCUCACAACUUCCGUCCAUCAUAUUUACGUAUUUGCCAGGUUUUGAGAGAGAGGCUAGGUGUGAGAACCAUCUUGGGGCUCACUGCAACUGCCCGUCAUGCAACAGCUAUUAGUAUUGCUAAACAUUUACUAAUUCCUGACUUUGAUACAGGCAUUAUUCGUGGCAGAGGAGUGCCAGAUAAUCUCAAAUUAUCGGUGUCUCGCGACCAAAACCGUGAGCAGGCUUUAGUAUCACUUCUACAAGGAGACAGAUUUUCAGGUUGCAGUUCUAUAAUCAUUUAUUGCACAAGGAGGGAUGAUUGUGAAAGAGUUGCUACACUGAUAAGAACCCAGUUGCUAAAUCCGACAAAGGUUGAUGUAAAAAGUAACUUAAAAAGGACAAAGGGCAUAUCAAUGGAUGCAGAAGCCUAUCAUGCAGGGCUCAGUUCUCACAGAAGACAACAGGUACAGAAGAAAUUUAUGUCUGGUAAAGUGAGGAUUGUUGUUGCUACUGUUGCCUUUGGAAUGGGUAUUGAUAAAUCUGAUGUAAGAGGCAUCAUUCAUUUUAAUAUGCCACGGAAUGUUGAGAGUUACGUCCAAGAGGUUGGACGUGCAGGGCGAGAUGGGAAAGAAGCUCAUUGUCACCUCUUUCUAGAUUCCCUAGAUGGCAGAGAUAUCCAAGAACUCAAAAGGCACAUCUUUGUCAACUCAAUGGAUCGCCAUACAGUAAGAAAGCUUCUUAACAAGAUAUUUAAACCAUGUGCUUGUGCUAAAGUAAGAAAUUUACAAGACACAUGUCCUACUGUUAAUGCUGAAGAGACCGAUAAUGAAAAUAUGUCAACAAAUGCCUCAUCAGCUGCAUCAGAGAGUAGUAGUGAUAAUCCAGCACAUUGUGCUUCUAAUCCUGAUUCAUUUGCAAUUACAUUUUCUAAGUCCUCAUGUCCCAGGCAUGAAGUUGCUAUACCAGUUGAUGGUCUUGUUGAAGAACUUGAUUUACCAGCUGAAAAUAUAGAGACUCUGUUAUGUUACCUAGAACUUCACCAGAACAAACUUAUUAGCAUAAAUUCCCCUGUCUAUGCCACAUGUAGUGUGUCUUGCUAUGCAGGACCCCGACAGCUGGUAGCUGUGAGUCGGAAAUGCCCUCCACUUGCUGUUGCUAUUGCUUUGGAGCGUCAGAAAGGGAACUCUCUUGAAAACAAGAACCAAGUGGUGUUCCCUGUGGUUGAAAUAGCUUCUCGUAUGGGUUGGAACAGCAAGAUUGUAAAGAAAGAAUUAAAAGCUCUAGAAUGGACCACUCUUGACUUGGUGGCAGGGGGUAAAGUGAAGAGGUCUGGAGUCACUGUUGAGUUUAGUGAGCUCUCCUACCACAUGCAUGUAAGGGGUGAUCUUAGUGAUGACGAGUGUGAUCAGUUAUUAGAUGCUUUGUAUCUAAGGACUCAAACCCAGGAACGUGAUCAGCUGAGACAGGUUCAGUACACUUACCAGUUAUUGCGUUCUGUAUCCCAUGGAUCUAUCAUCAUGUGCUGUGAUUCUGUUGAUGAUGAACGAGGGAAUAAGUUGCGUGAGGAGUUGAGGGAAUAUUUCAAGGAAAAUAGCAAAGUCUUGUCAGAAAUUCGCUUAGAAGAACAAGUUUAUAUUAGACCAGAAAUUGAAACAUCUGUGCGCAGUAGUGUUCGUGCAGUGCUGUCUACACAUUUAGAUAAUCAGUGGACUGGUAGAGCUAUAGCAAGAGUUUUUCAUGGCAUAGGGUCACCAAAUUUCCCUGCAGAGGUAUGGGGUCGUGUCAGAAGAUUUUGGAGGCUACAUCUGAAUGUCGACUUUAAUAUUUUGGUAAAACUUGCAACACAAGAAAUAAUCAGAUUUAAAUAAUUAUAGCUACUAUGAAGUUUUAAGAAUUAUUUUUGUAUAUAUUGGUAAUAAAUUUUCAUAAACUGUAGGUACUGUCUGUAAAUAAAGUGUAUAUUUUAAUAAAUUUUAAUGUACCCAAGGUUAUAAUGAGUUAUGUUGACUAAGAAUGAAUUGAUGUAACAUUUGUAUUUUAUGAACAAGGACACAAAUUGUAUAAUAAAUGUAAUAUGAUUU